AGCAUCGACCAUGAGAUUGAUUCUUCCUCACUUCGGAUCUCAAUCUCAAUCUCGAUCUCCGUCAUCUUCUGAUAUUAUUAAGCUACAAUGCCUGCCAUCGCUGGACCUAGUUCAUCCCCUCAGAAGCAUGUCGUCGGCUCCAGAUUGGAGGUUACCGGAGGUCUUAGAUCCGCCGAAGUCAACACUUGUCGGAAACGCAAGUUGAGAUCUGAUUCCGCUGCGGAGGUUUCAUCGUCGACGCCUGUGAAUUCGAUUUCCACGCCGAUGAAACGGUGUGCUGUUCCAAUCCCUAAGACGUCUGAUGAGGAGAUUAAGGAAGAUUCUAAUGGGAAUUUGGCGAAUCCAGUGAUAUCAGCAGCGAAGAACUUAGAUGUUGAAUCAAAGUGGAACCCUAGAGAUGAGGAACAAAUGAAAGCUGUGAAGGAGGCAUUGCAUGUGUCUAAGGCACCGUCAACUGUUGUUUGCCGUGAGGAUGAGCAGAGACGGGUUUCCGAGUUUGUGAAAAGUUGUAUGGAACAGAACAAGGCUGGGAGUUUGUAUAUAUGUGGCUGUCCUGGAACUGGGAAGUCACUAUCCAUGGAGAAAGUAAGACAACAAGCUGAAGACUGGGCGAAACAGGCGGGUUUGCCUUGUCCAGAAACAGUGUCUGUUAAUUGCACAUCACUGACAAAAACUACAGAUAUUUUCUCCAAGAUACUUGGUAAAAAUGAGUUCGGGAGGAAAGCUAAUGGUUCAUCUUCACCUCUACAAAAACUCCAGAGCUUGUUUUCUCAAAAGCAACAACAAUCCAGCUCAAAGAUGAUGAUAAUAAUUGCAGAUGAGAUGGAUUACUUGAUCACAAGAGAUCGAGGUGUCCUUCAUGAGCUUUUUAUGCUCACAACUUUGCCUUUUUCAAGUUGUAUACUUAUAGGUGUAGCAAAUGCAAUAGACCUUGCAGAUCGUUUCCUUCCAAAAUUGAAGUCUCUCAACUGCAAACCUUUGGUUGUCACUUUCCGUGCCUAUUCUAAGGAGCAGAUCCUUAGGAUACUGCAGGAAAGGCUUGUGGGACUUCCAUAUGUAGCAUUUCAGUCAAAUGCCUUGGAAAUUUGUGCAAGAAAAGUAUCUGCUGCAUCAGGAGACAUGAGAAAGGCUCUAUGUGUUUGCAGGAGCGCCCUAGAAAUCUUAGGAAUAGAAGCCAAAGGAUCAAUAGAUCAACAACCACAGGGUCCAGUUCAGGAGUAUGAAGUGGUGAAGAUGGAUCAUAUGUUAGCUGCAUUGUCCAAGACGUUUAAAUCUCCAGUAGUCGACACCAUUCAGUCUCUUCCUCAACACCAGCAAAUCAUAGUCUGUUCUGCUGCAAAAGCCUUUAGAGGAAGCAAAAAAGAUAGAACCAUUGCAGAGUUAAAUAAGUUAUACUUGGCAAUCUGUAAAUCUUCGACGAUAACGCCAGCUGGAAUCACAGAGUUCACAAACAUGUGUACAGUGCUAAAUGACCAGGGGAUACUAAAACUCAGUCAAGCUCGGGACGAUAAGCUAAGGAGAGUGAGCCUUAGAGUAGAUGAAGCAGACAUCACAUUUGCUCUUAAGGAAAUUCGAUUCUUCCGCAACUGUCUUAUAUGAUGAAGUUACUGAGUUAUAGCAAUGGGUUCCUCCAUUUUUUUAUAGAAUACAAAGAGUUAAUAAAAAAACACAGUACACAUAAAUUGUAUUAUUCUGUUAUACAAGUUGCAAACAAUACAUUAUUUACAUACUUACUUUGAAAGAGAACUCA